GGAUGAAUGCACUUGAAUGGGGCGGGAGUAAAAACAGCGCUGGGAUCUCCUUCCUUUGCGGUGUCUCUUUUUCCUUGUACGUCAAAGGCGCUGGGCGGUUCAUGAAUGGACUUUUCAAGUGGGAGGGCCCCUCAAUACUGGACUUUACAGGCAGGAAAAAGUGGGUGUAGAGCUAGAGUUUGUAUUUUCUUCAUGUCUGUUUUGUACGGCCACUAACAUCCAUCAGCUGGGAAGCAGAGGCCGAGCACAGCGGAGGAGCAGCAGCCGCGGAAAACUAGCCUCAGCCCCGCUAGUGACAGUGAAGGAAGCCCGGGGUCUGUAGUGGAGACAUCCGUGUUGUAGACAGGGCCAUGGGGUUCCGUAAGAAGAACAAGAGCCCACCCGUGCUAAGCCAUGAGUUUGUUAUCCAAAACCACGCGGAUAUGGUGUCGUGUUUGGCUAUGAUAAUCCUACUCGGCCUGAUGUUUGAGGUAACCGCAAAGUUUGCCAUAAUGUUCAUCACAGUCCAGUACAAUGUAACACAAGUUUUAGAUGAAAAGCAAGAAGCAGUGAACCUUUACCAGUAUGGUCCUAAAGAUGUGGCGACUGUGUUCUUCUACCUUCUAAUCGCAGUCAUUCUUCAUGCUUUGAUACAAGAAUAUAUUCUGGAUAAAAUAAACAGGAGAUUGCAUUUGUCAAAAACUAAACACAGUAAGUUCAAUGAGUCUGGACAGCUUGCUGCGUUUUAUCUUUUCUCCUUCAUCUGGGGCUGCAGCAUCCUCACAGCGGAGGAUUUUGCCACAAAUCCGACUUUUCUGUGGGAAGGAUACCCUCACACACGCAUGGUUUUUCAGGUCAAGUUCUUCUACAUUUGCCAAAUAGCCUAUUGGCUCCAUGCACUUCCAGAGCUAUACUUUCAAAAAGUCAGAAAGGAGGACAUACCACGUCAGCUCUAUUACAUUUGCCUUUAUGUUGUCCACAUCACUGGUGCCUAUGUUCUCAACCUUCACAGACUGGGCCUAGUGCUACUCGUCCCUCAUUACCUGGUGGAGCUUUUGUUCCACGCCUCACGCCUCUUUUACUUCAGUGAUGAAAACAAACAGAAAGGUUUUACUCUGUGGGCUCUUCUCUUCGUCAUUGCUCGUCUGCUCACUCUGACACUGUCAGUUCUGACGUUUGGGUUUGGACUGCCCCGGACAGAAAAUCAGGGCUUCUCUUUAGCAGAAGGAAACUUUAAUGUACUCACCAUUAGGAUGACUUGUCUAGCAGCCAUAUGUCUGACACAGGCCUGGAUGAUGUGGAAAUUCAUUAACUUUCAGUUGAAAAAAUGGAGAGAGCACAGCCAGAAUCAGGCAUCAAAGAAGAAGACAGUGAGCCCAAAGAGCAAGCCUCCAAAGCGAGAGCCCACACGAGGAGGCUCGGCAAAUGGAGUCGUAAAGUCAGAUGAGAAAACGUCACCACGGGCCAGAAAAGCCAAAGCUUCAUAGUCAGAGGAUUUUAAAGAGUGACGUGUGACGUGUCAUUGCAAAACAUUACUUUAAAAUUCUCUCCAAAACUAAUCGUGCACAAAGAAACAUUUCGUCCACUUUGGGCAAGACUCUUUGGAAGAGUCGUCAGUGUUACUGCAUAAAAAGAUUAUUAUUCACAGCAGUCUGUGUAGGUGAGGUAUGGCAGGGCAGCAUUGGUUUUGAUGCUUUAACCAGUAGAUUUUUCUCUUCAAAGUGCCCUUCACAUAAAACUACUAUUGCUGUAAGGUAUUUUCAACUGAUUCCGAGUAAUUUGACUUUGAUUGGACUGAAAAGAAUCACAGAAAAGCUAUGUACAGAUGAACUGUACAAGCUAUGAUUCAUAAUUAAGAGCCUUAGUCAUAAACCACACACUGGACGUUAAACCCAACAAGGUGUGUUGUAAUAUUUUAUAAAGCUGCGUUGACAAACCUGAAUAUUAAUGGUCCUGACCUGCCAUUGUCUGAAAGAGCCUUUGAAAUCCUCACUUUGGAUGGAGGCACUUUUAUUAUUGCGCUGGUUCUAGUCGGACUGAGCCAGGCUAACUUUAUAUGAGAACUAUAUCUGUGUUGCUGUAGUGAAUGCAUACAGCUAACCCUUUAUAAUGGCAUGACUGGCACCUGAGCAAACCCAGUCUUUAUGGUAAUGUUGAUGCAUGAAGGUUUGAGGCUGAACUUGGCUCUUACAUCCUGGUCUUGUUGCAUUUCUCACAUUUGGGACACAGAUAAACUCCUAUACACACAAGCAUUCAGUGGCCUUUUCAAAUUGCUGCAAGAGGAUUUUUUUAUUUAUUUUACUCAUUUACAAUUUUAUUUUUUAUGCUUUGAUAACUAUAACCAGCAACACAGUGGUACAAAUGCGUCAGUUAAAUCCAAUCCAAUCUUUAUUCAAGUGUCCUUAUAACGUCAUUUGUAACAUUUGUUGGUUUAUGUUGCCUUGUUUGUUUAAGGUACACUGUGUAACUUUUCUGCUGGAGUGUUCGCCACCUGCAUGAUGUUACUGCUUUGCCUGUAAUCUUCCACAGUAUGGCAUUAAGUAUCAAGUACAAAUAGGUGUUUUUAUUGCUCAAAAAUACCAUGAGAGCAUCUCUCCACAGAUCUAACAUGUAACUAGCUUGAUGGCGCCACUUGUUGUCAAAUAGAUGCAUUUAAUAUCAUUAGGGCUGAAGUAAACUACACAAUUUCUUGGUUGACUAAAGACAUGUACCAGGAAACAAUGCAUUUAUACAAAAGACAGACUUGACUUGGGAAUCAGUUAUUUAUUUUUAUUUUUUUACAUUUAAAUGCCAAAAAAUACCAAAUCUUCAGCUAACUCACUAACCUCUCCUUCCUGCUGUUGUUCGGUAUAAAUCCUCAUAAUCAAAAUAAAAUGUUUGGUCAGCUAAUACAAAUAUUGGUAAACUAAAACACCACUGACCACCACUGAAUCAUCAAAUUGACUAAACUACUACAGCCCUAAAUAUUAUACUGUGGACCUUUCCAGACAAUGCAAUAACUUUGUGAAAAUAAUAAGCAGAUGCGUACCCUCCACCCGAAAAGUUACAGAAUGCACCUUCAAGUGAUCAGGGGCUCUUCUCUGAAUCAGUUGCAUCCCAUAUUAAACCAUGGGAGGCCUGUUACGUGUGAAUGUUGUAUGCUUGUAUUGUGUCCAAUAUGGUUUUGCCUGCUGUCACUAUAGUGUAUUAACCGACCCGGGACACUGAUUAUGACAAUGACAACAGUGUUUAUUAUAACUCAAACGUAUGUCUUGUGUGCAAGCAUGACAUGUGACAAUCGCUGACGCCCUCCCUUUGGUUGUUGGAUGUAUUCGGUUCAUUUCGGUUGGUUAGCAGAGACAGUUUGUGCGGAGAUGUGUGAUCUGCGGAUUGCUAAAUGCUUAUGUGUAACUCGUCCAUGACCUACAAACGCCCUUGGCUGGAGAGAGUUUUCUUUUUGGCUAAAUUUGGCGCGCAUCCUGUCGUCACCACCUUUUUCAAUGAUUCUGACCCUGCUGCUGCUAGUUUGUUGUGUAUUGCUGGAUUUGUGCAUUUCUGAACCUUUGUAUUGAGGGUUUGAUCAGAACAGUGGGGGCUGGGGUCUAGAUAGGGCUGGGCGAUAUGGCGGUUCAAAUGUAAUUUGAUCUCAUCUCUGUGACGAAAUGCUCUUUUAGUAAUAACCUGAGUCACUAUUUGUUUGAGUGCGGCUGUCUGCUCACAAGACACUUUUUACACACCCUCCUCUUGAUCAGCCUCUGUAAGACUCUGAGUGACUGACGGCUGGAUUUAACCUGUUACAGUGAAUUGUAAACUUCCUGAUAAAGCAGAUUAGUUUAUAUUUUUCUCUUGCCUUUAAGAGUAAAUAAAUUGUAUGUGAGAUAUAUAUUUUUGCCAUAUCCCACUCCUAGGUGUAGCACAGAGAGGGAGAAGAGUAGGUGUGUGUCCUUUAUCUUUUCACAUGGGAUUAGAGAUUGGAGAUGUAUCAAAAACUGAUUACCGGUAUAUUGUUGUUCCUGGAGAUAUGCAAAAUUAGAAUAGCUGGAAUGUUAGAAUGCCAGAAAAAUAAGAUGAUUAAAACUAAAGAUAAACAUUUUGUGUAAUCUCCCGAAAAAAGGUCGAUAAAGUGUUUUUUCUGCACUGUUUAUGGUCCAUUCACAAUUUUUGCCACGCUUUACACUCAACCAAAACAGAUGCAACCAAGAUAUUGCUAAAAAAAAAAAGGAGUUAUUCGUUUUUGCCAAUAUUGCCCAACCCUAUAUGGGAUUGUAGUCUGUGUCUGGGUGCAGCGGUGUCACAGGAGGGAGGGUGGAACAGGGACCCCUAAGAACCAGCCUGUUACUUAACUGUCUCAGAUAUAAAAAGAAAAAACCUACACUGUAUCUGUCAGAUUUUUAAGCUAUUUUUCUAAAGGGGAGAUGUACUUCACUCUUGUUGUGUAAACCUGUGAUGGUUUGUUUUGCAUCCAUGUCAAUAUGAAUUGUCUUUUUAUAAAAGAUUGGAGCUUGCUGGACUGUUAAGUGUGGGUCAACAGUGCAGUGUGAGUGUUACUUCACCUCCUUCAUUGCCUUAUUAUUAAAUUAUUCUGAUCAAAUAUAUGUUCUCCAUUGUAUGCAGGGUAACACCACUGCAUAUUCACAAGACUUCAGUACUUCACUAACACUAAAAGAAAAAUGAAUUUGACAAAUAGCUGUUUUUUGUCACUUAGUGCUGACACUGCAGCUCAGAGCACUGUCUGACUGAUAUGCCACUAUUGAAGCGCUGUAACGUCUCCGCUUUUGGAUAACUUUGCUUUCACUUUAAAUCACUACUUCUUAAUUUAAAUGCAUUGAGUUUGUGGUAAAAAUAAGCUACUGUUCACAGCAAAAACUGAGUAUUGUUGACACCUGUUGUAUUGUAUGCUCUGGGUGAGUUUUCUGUGCUGCUUCACAUCUGUUACAUUAUUUUGUCCACAGUUUAUUUAUGCAAUUUAUGUUCAUUUUGUUCUCGUCACUUUUUUAUUUUAUGUUUAAAUAAAGCCUUUAUUCAUUAA